CACUAAUUGGGAAAAUAAAAAAUUGAAGAAAACAUACAGAAAAAAAAAAGAAGCUAGUCCUGACCUUAUCGUUUUCCCCCUACCCCUGUUGUCCAUGUGUCUAUAUCCAUCAAUCCCAAAUUUCCCAAGAAAAGUUGGAUAAAAAUCCACUGCAUUUAUAUCAUAUUGAAUUAACUUACAAAAUUAAUUACUAGAAUUAUCUGCUCCGAAAAAGUAUAUAUGUAUACAAUACAUUACUCCAUGUUUUAUAUAGUUAAAAGUUGGGAACAAGAAAAAGGAAAUAAUCUUCUACAUGGAGAUGGAGUCCCUUUCGAUCGGCCCUCAAAUAAUGAUGAAUGAAGAUCAUCUUCUACUGCGGCGGCGCCGCCCUUUCCGCGGCGGCGAUGUUUCCGCUUCUUGCAGCAGUUCAACUUGUACAAAUGAAGAAGAAGAUGAGCAAGUGAAGUCUUCUACUUCUCCUACCCCCUUGCAAGAUAUGUCUUCUCUACUCUUACAACUCCCACUUAAGAGAGGGCUAUCGAAGCAUUACAAUGGGAAGUCGCAGUCAUUCACAAGCUUAUCAGAUGUGAAGAGCCUUGAGGAUCUUGCUAAACAAGAGAAUCCCUUCAACAAGAAGCUCAAAAUAUGCGAUACGACUAUACGAGGAAAGAGCAACCAACUAUGGGAUCAAAAUUCUAAUUUUCUUGGAAAGUAGUAAUAAAAAAUAAUAUAAUGAUGAUGAUAUUAGCAGUAGCAAUAAUAAUAGUAGGCCUUGUAUUACCCCGGCCGCCCUAUAGAUUAACGAGUAGCGUAAUCUACUUAACCCUCGCUUUUUGUUUGCUUGAAGAGUUCAAUCAUGAAGAUUAGCAGCGUCUUAUUAUUGUUAUUAGUAUGUUUUAUUGCUUUUGUAUAUACAGGAUAAUUAAGAAACGUUUUCUA